GUCAUCCUCCCGGGAAAGGUGAAAAGUGAAGCAAAAGACAGACCUACCUAUAAAUUAAUCGACAGUAUUCCUUUCCUUAGAGAAGUAAGGAAAAAGAAGUCUUACGUUAUGUUAUACAACAGUCAAACCAGAAAUGCUACAUGGGUGUAUGAGAUAUUGAACAAAAGUACUUUAGCCGGUACUCAAUCUCGUAAAAGGGAUUUAAAAUUUAAAGAUGAACUAUUUGAGCCACUUUACGAAGCAGCUAACAUAGAAGAAUGUGAUGAAAGUGAAUAUGAACAGGGUCAUCUUGCAUCUGCUGCCAAUCACAAAUGGUGUCAGGAAGCCUAUGAGGACACUUUUAUUCUCAGCAACAUAGCACCACAGGUUCCUUAUUUAAACCAAAACUUAUGGAAAGAGUUGGAGAAUCAUUGUCAAGCGAAAAUAAACAAUUCAAGUGAUAUCCGUAAUGUCCAUGUGUAUUCUGGACCAAUUUACCCACAAUGUGAUAAAAGAAAAAAGGCAGAGAGAGUGAAGAGUUGGAGAAAGAAAAUAGUACCUACUCACUUCUUUAAAGUGAUAAUUAUCGAGCAUGAAAAUGGGACGGUAGAGCUGGAAUGCUAUAAGAUGCCCAAUGAGGAACCAAAAAACAAAAACAAAAAAGAAAAAGACAAAAACAAACAAGAACAAGACAAAAACAAACAAUCAAAAGACAAAAACAAACAAGAAAAAGACAAAAACAAACAAUCAAAAGACAAAAACAGACAUUCAAAAGACAAAAACAAACAAGAAAAAGACAAAAACAAAAUUGUGCUAAAAGAUUACAUUGUGCCAAUUAAAGAAAUUGAAGCUGAAUCCGGGCUGACGUUCACAGAAAGCAGCUGCACUGAGGGAGAGGUAGACAUUACAAGGAAAGUGAAAUUGGUGGGGGGAAAUGGAAAUGAAGGGUCAUGUAGUGCUGAGAUUAAGGUCACAAUAUGUACCCCGCUUACUAAUCACAAUGAUUUUGUCUACAUGUGACAAGUGUACAGUAAUUUACUGCAUUACCAAAUGACACUGAAACACAGCGAGAUGUUUGAUUUACUCUUACGAGUGCGUCCAUAUGUGCUAAUAUGCUAAUGCUUUCUCAAGAUGUUCUUAAGGCUUAUGCUUAAAUGCUUACGAUAAGUUUAGAGUAGAAAUAUAUAAUUAUGCUUAUGUAUUUCUUUCUUUCUUCACAAAACUACAUUCUGCAUUAUUAUUGUUGUUAUUAUUUAUAUAAAUGGAUGAAAUAGUUCAGAAAAGCAGUCAGCAACCAACUCUCUAAUAUUGUGUAAAAUCAUCCCAUGUUUAAAUAUUAUAAGGUUUUUGAUGUGAUGUACAGUGUUACUUUGGGGGCUCUGUUAAAGAAACUAAAAUAUAAUGUAGUUUCACAUUUUUCAGUUACUACAUAACUCCCAUUCUUCUAUUAUCAUUAUUAUUUUAUAUUUUUGAUGACUUUUCUAUUGUUCUGGAAGACUAAAUGAGUAGGUGUUUCUAAAUAUGUAUCUUAAUGAACUAACAUUUAAUGAAUCUGUGUUUUGAUAUUUGCUCAUGUUUACAUCAUAUUUUGUUAUCUACUCUCUGAUACUGAAUUGUAAUUGUUUAAUGGAUGUGAACACCUUCAUAUUAAACUAUGCACUGGAACAAGAUCAGCUAAAAUAAAACAAAAAUGUUAAUAAACUGAAUCAAGACAC